AUGAAAACGGCGAACAAAUAUUUUGUCGGCACGAUCUCUGGCUUUGCCCUCACGGCCGUUGCAACAGGAUAUCUCUUCCGACGUGGUCCGGCCUCCACAACCGACGCAAUACCAAAAAACGCCCAUCAAGGCGUGAAGCCCACGAUGACGGUGACACACUCUUUCCGGACACUGUUCGCAGUGCCCCUUUCUUGUGAUGGCUGUGUCAAGGACGUUUCCGACGCCCUGUACAAGGUGUCUGGGAUUUCCAAAGUAGAGGGUAAUCUAAAAGACCAGCUGGUUUCGAUCGAAGGGACAGCACCCCCGUCUGCCAUUGUCAAGGCCAUCCAGGAGACUGGACGAGAUGCAAUUCUCCGGGGUUCGGGAACAUCGAACAAACGGAGAGUGUACGAACACCGUUACAGCCACGUCACGGGCCCGGGGUCUACACAGGCGAUGCAUGGCCCCUGGUCGGACGAUAAGAAAAAGGGACCAAAAAAAAAGGCCAAGCUUUUCCAAACACGGGUCUGA